UAUAUGCUCUUUGAUGCACGCUUCCUAAUUGCCAAAAAUAUUGUACAUUGUCUGAUAUUGUCUGUAUGUCUGAUAUUUUUGCAUAUGAACCAUAUUUUUUUACAUUUCAAUUAUUGCAAACAAUGUUUAUUGAAACAGUUUAGUGAAACAGAAAAAUAUUCUUUCUUGGGCCCGAAAUCGGGUCUGAUAUCAGGCCUGAUAAAGUGUUUAUGUAAUUGGCUACAUGACACAAGCAGCAAAACACAGCGAUUGAUAAUAAUUUUCGUUCGCUGGCAAAACAAGCCUUUACAAUAACUUAGCAGUUUGCAUUUAUUUAACUGACUUUGCUUAUUACAAGCAUAUUGCCGUGAAAUUCUAUUGAUGUGACGUUAUACUGGGUGUACCUAGUAAGUACUUACAACGAAAGUUAUACCAGAAAACGUAUGUUAUGAAAUUCAUUCAUUGCAAUCAAGGAGUAAAUGGAGUAAAGCCGCCUAUGGCAGUAACAAGAUGAUGAAAACACCGAUAACUGUCCUGCAGGAGCUUAUGGUGAAGUUCUCAGAGGCUCCAGAGUAUGAGUGUGUUGCUCAGUCAGGGCCGCAGCACUUAGCCGUGUUCGAGUACCGCUGCGUGGCGCGCGGGCACGUGGUGUCGGCCACGGCGCGCAGCAAGAAGGAGGCCAAGCAGGAGGCCGCGCGGCUCAUGCUGGCGCGGCUCGCGGCCGCAGGGCUCAGCGUGCCCGCGCCCUACGCCGUGCCCUGCCCGCCCUGCCCGCCCGUGGUCGGCGACGGCGAUGCGGUCGCCGCUGGCAGCGGCGCCAGGAGCUACAAAGCGCUUCUUAAGGAGCUGUGCCAAGAGUACAACCUGCCGGGGCCCGAGUACACGCUGGAGGGCGACACGGGCCCCGCGCACGCGCGCUGCUUCACGGCGCGCGGGGCCGUGGGCGCGCACGCGCGCCUCGCGUCCGCCACCACCAAGAAGGCGGCGCAGCAGCUCGCGGCGCAGCAGCUGUAUCACUACUUGAGGGAGAACCUGGCCAGGCUUACUGAGGACUUUGUUGAGGAGGACGCGCUGGCGCGCGCGCACGAGCGCGCCAUGGAGCGCUACGUGGAGGCGCGCGCCGACGCGCCGCCGCGGCCCGACCUGGCGCAGCGCGUCGCCGACUACCACCUCGGUCUGUUGCUCCACCUCGAGGAAGAGCUAGUGGAGCUGGGCGGGGACGCGCUGCGGGCCGCGGCGCCGGACGCGCAGCCCGAGGCGGCGCUGCGGGCCGCGGCCGCGGCGCUGGGCCUGCGCCUCGAGUGGCACGCGCUGCCGGCCGAGGGCGGCGAGCUGACGCUGGCGCGGCUGGCGCCGUCGUCGCCGCCGCUGGUGUUCUGCGCGCGCUCGAGGGAGGCGGCCGCGGCCGAGGCGCUCGCCUACCUGCGCCUCACCAUGAAAUUUAGGGAUCAGAAGUUAACUUAACUUAUACCUGUAAGCGCCCAUCCAACUAACCCGGGUUUAACCGGUUAAACCGUUAACCCAGUGUCAAAUUGUAUUGGUAACCAUGGUAAUUGGUGCAAGUGGCCUUACGAUGGCGCUUGUUUAAUCGUUUAAGAGGAUAGUGCAGGACCGCUUCUCCAAACAGACGUAGUCGCGAACUCGAAGUGAGGAGCAGAUUUGAAAUCGACCCCCCACUUCGCGUUCGCGAAUUUGCGCUCUAAUUGGGAAGUUCACGGGUCUCGGAAUCUACACUGGCAUCUCCCAAACGUCGGUAAUCAUUUGAACUCCGCAUCAGGUUUACAUCGGUCACUUUAUGCGGUAUAUCUGUCACCUCGUCACACUUUACCUUUUUUGUGCCAUUGUAAAAUCUUGGUUGUUCUAAACAUGUACUUAUUUUGUACAUGCUAAUAAAGUUGAAUGUAGGGAUGCACUGAUUAGUGCUAAAACAUACCGAAGGUUAAGUAAACCGGUAAACCUAUUUAGAUGUAAUUCGGUAUGAAAUCAGAGUCACUGGGAAUUACAUAGGAUAGUUUUAUUACUGUAAAAUAAUUCUACGCAAACAAGGUUGCGUGCUAAUGCUGUUAAUGAAAUAUCAAAUGGCACGAUUAUUUACAGAUUUUUUUUUUCAUUUUCGUCAUACUUUUACCGAACAAAUUGCCCGUUUUGACUCAUGACUCUGCGGAAUUCAUUUUAAUCUUAAUAAUCCUGCCGGAUGGAGAUGGUGAUUUGCCAUGGCAGUCACUGCAGUCUAGACGACACUCGGGCGAUGCUAGUGUGGAGAUGUGUGGAGAGAGAAUUGUAAUACUUCGUAGCCUCUAGUCGAUCCUCAGUAAUAAAUACGGAAAAUGGAGUGAAAACAAAGACAGCCUCCAGUUGGUCAGCAUCGAUAGAAAACAAAGUUUUAGUGAAAAACAGUGCACCCGCCAUUCUGACUGUCAGAAUGUCGGAUGUAUUUUAUUACGCAAAGAUCCCGCGAUUAAAACCAAACCAUUUUAUAAAUAUCAAGUUUUUGUACCAAUUUUUUACCUUCAUAUUCAAUUACAUAUAAAUGUAGGAGUUUACUCAUUUUACUUUUCCAUUGCUAUUACACUUUUGCAGGCGCUACCAUUUGUCACCUUGCCGAUUUAAUUUUUAAGAAAAACUAUGGUACAAUUAUUUUUAUAACGAGUACCUUUCACGUUUAAUCUGUGAAGUGUCCGUGUUCCGUGUCAAACGCAAAAGCGGUCACUCGGACGCCACGUCACCGAAGUGUCAAAACUGAAAUUGAACUUUAUGCAUAUGCACGUAGGUCUAUCUUGUUCUGUGGUCUGUGACGGAUUAAUCCGUCUUCGGCGUUAGACCUACGGUGCGGAUAUAUCGUCAUUCGCGUCAAAAAGGUUAACCAGUGCAUUACCUAUUUGAAAAUAUUAUCAGACAAAUAUUGUUGACACAUUUUCAAUGAGGGUGCAUAACCUGAAGUUCUUAUCAUGCUCUGUCUCGAAAUUUGGAGAAUUGAAAUGAAUGAUGAAGGAAUGGUAUAACGUAGGUAAAAAAAAAACAUGAUAAGAACAUGGAAACCUAAAUUAAAAUGGCGUUGUCAGUCUCGCAUCUAUGCACAACUCCCUCCAGCAUGCAAAAUUGCAAAUACCUAUAUUUCUCUGUAUAUAUAUAGGUGAUUCCAAAGCAAUUGUAAAUAUUGAUUUUUCCAUAAGAAGUAAUAGAGUGCUAGAUGUCGACUGCGAAUAUAAUAAUCAUUUUGAUACCAAAACUGAUGUAUGGAGUGAGCACUCUAUUAUUUCUUAUUUCUCUAUGUUUUUUCUAAGUACCAAUUGAUACAAAUAUUAACUAGAAAUAUUCCAAUCGCAAAGGAUUUAUUUAGAACUGAGGCUAGAGGCACGCUAAGUAUAUAAUGUAUAGUGCCACUUAUACUUACUUGUAUUCUAUUUUUAUAUUGUGUAGUCAUAAAAAUCGAUACCGUCAACUGGGGUGAAUAGAGACAAAACUUAGAAUGUGAUUUACAAUGUGUUAUGAAUGUCAAUUUCUUUAUAACUGCCCACACAGAUCGUAUCAUACAAAAUCUACUGCUAAAUUCAAUUGAAUUAUACAAUGUGUGUAAGAAAUUGUCAGGUAAAUCACAUAUAAAGGUUUGUCCUUAUUCCCCCCAAUUGGCGGUAUGUUAUUAAGGUAUAAUCUUGUUAAAAUAUUGUAGGUGUACCACUUAGCUUACCCGUAAAGUUAAAUGGUUGAUUUUCUAGUAAAAGUAACUAACUAUUAGAGGAAUGUAUAUUGUGUGCAACUAAAUCUGGGUGUUCUGAAAAUCUAAUCAGAAAUAUAAGAAAUGUUUACAUA